AUGUAUCGCCAUUCUUUUCCACCCACUUCUCCUCGUCGUCGUUGUGGGUUCUUGUUACUAUGGACCAUAAUCAACAUUAUUAUUAUCAUCAACACACUGCAGUUAUGUAAACUUAACAUUCUUUCCGUCUCUGCUCUCACCGUACAUCAACAAUCCACUAUGGAAAUGCCUAUUCAACGUGUAGAAACCCUCGUACGGUCUGCUGGUAUAGAGAAUACAGUUCCCUCCAGUACAUUGGAGAUGUUGGAGUUUAUCCCCACACCGCAGACAUUAGAGGAUCUCAUUAUUCAACAUCAUCAGGAAUGGUGGUGUGUGAUAUUUAUAAAUAUCUCCUCUCCUCUAUUACAACAGAAUGCCUCCAAAUAUAUUCAAGAAAUCAUUCUCCCUGCCGUCCAUGCUAUUCAACAAAUAAAAAAACAACAACAACAACAAUUAACUCAAUUAAUUCCAUCACCACACUUUGCGGUAGUGGAUAUGCAGGACGCCAGUCUUUACUUUGAUCUCUAUCCCUUUGCUCAUGUCUUCCAAACCAGAGACCAACAGAAUGAACACCGUCGAUUAGAUGCAUUAGACAUGUUAACAAGAAUUGAACAAAUGGUGCGAGAGGGCCAUACACAACGUGGAACCCGAGCGAGAUUUAAUACACCAGUUCUCUUGUUAUUUCGCCCAGGAGCUGCGGUGUAUCUUCGCGAAGGAAGACGAUGGACAACAAAACAAUUAACCGCACAAAAUCAACAACAAAAACAAAAACAAAAACAAAAACAACAACCACUACGUAUGGUGGUCUUGGCAUAUAAAUUGGUGGAUUUUAUAUCGGAAGUGCCUCAUAAAAUAGCAGAGGACAAUGAUGGGGCAUUAGUCUCCUAUCUCGUGUCAGAUUAUAAGAAAAGUAUCGAAAAGGCUUCCUCUGAUGAUAAUAAUAAUAUUAAUAAUAAUAAUAAUAAUAAACAUAAUAAUAAUAAUAAUAAUAAUAAUAAUAAUAAUAAUAAUAUUCAUGAGAAUCCUCUUGGUAUUCUCUCAGAGGAAGAGACACAGCGGCAUCACUCCCACUUACUGGAGUCACUACAGAAGAUGCGGGAAAGACGAGAGCAACAUAAUCCAGCCGAUAACCCGUAUGAUUUGGAUUCUCUAAAGGGAAAAACAGCGAAGGAACGUGUGGAGGAAAUCAUGAGCCGCCUAAAAAAGAAUGAUGAAGAAGAUUAUGAUAAUAAUAAUAAUAAGGAUAAGAAUAAGGAAUUACCACCACGACAGUCCACACAAAUGGAGAAGGAGGAGAAGGAUAUGGAGACUUUUAUAUCAAGAAAGAAGGAACAAGGAAAACCGGCUGUUUUAAUGAAAGAGAAGGUUGUGGAGGAGGAAUACAUACGGGAUGAUUUAUAA